AGGUUGAACCAAGACCCUGGGUGGAUUUUAACUCGUUUCUACAAGUUCUCGCACCUCAAAUGAACGCCUCCACGCUUAUUUGAAUACACCAGGUUCUUUUUCUAUCAUUCUUGGUACGGAUGCAUAGGGUUAAAGGACGCGAGGAGGAGUGAAUGAGGGAGGAUGACGGGAAGGGGAGGCCGGGGGAGAGCUAGGGGGCGAGGACCUCAACAAGAACAACAGCAACAACAACAACAACAACAACAACCAUCGCCCACACUUCUCAGCUAUGCCAACCAGGAUGAACUGUCGGCCUAUCUGUCCAGUCUUCAGCUACAGGAUGGACGGCGACCAGUGUUGGGUGGAUCAGGGAGAGGAGGUGGGCGAGGGAAACGAGGGGGAGGAGGAGGAGGAGAACAGGGAUUAGCAAGCGGAGAUGGAGGUGGAAGGAGUGGCGGUGGAGUGGGAAUAGGAAGUACAGGAGAAGGAGGAGGAGGAGGAGGAGGAAGGGGAAGAGGCGUAGGCAUGGCAGGAGUUGGAGGAGGAGGAGGAGGAGGAGGAGCAUCAGCAGGAGGAGUAAUAGGAGCAGGAGUAGGAGGAGGAAGAGGGAGAGGGCGGGGAGCGAGGAGGGAGCGGAGGAGCAGCACCCGUCUACAGAGGAUGAGCGAGACGGAGGAGGAGGUGGUGUGGACGCGGCCCCAACACGUCCUCACCAAGAAAGGCACCGCAGGACAAAGUAUUCUGCUACGUACCAAUUACUACCAGGUGAUGGCGCGGCCGGAGUGGUGUCUGUGUGUGUACCACGUCGCCUUCACCCCCGACGAGCCGCGCACCCCCGUCAGGAAGCUCCUCCUCCGUCAGCACAGCGGCGUCAUCGGUCACUGUAUCUUCGACGGCGCCCAGAUGUUCCUCGCCCACAAGCUGCCCAGAGACCCCAUGGAGUUGGCCUCACGCCGCCCCGACAACGGUUCACCCUACACCGUCAGAAUCAAAUUUAUUCGAGAGAUCCCUCCGUCGGACACUCAGUUUUUGCAGAUCUUCUCCAUCCUGCUGCGUCGGUGUUAUGAGUACCUCGGCCUCACGCAGAUCGGGAAGCACUAUUACGACGCUAAGAGGGAGGUCCAGCAUCCCAAGCACCAGGUGGCGGUGUGGCCCGGGCAGGUGUCCAGCAUCCGUCAACACGAGUAUCAGGUCCUCCUUAUGACAGACGUGAUUCACAAGUUCCUCCGCCUCGACACUGUGUACAACCUCCUUCGGCGCCUCCACACCACCAACCCCAACAACCUGAAGUGGGCGGCGGGGCGGGAGGUGAUCGGCAUGGUGGUGAUGACCCGAUACAACCAGCGCACCUACACCAUCAGCGACAUCGCCUGGGACCUCACCUGCCUCAGCAAAUUCGCCUACCAGGGCAGCCAGAUCACCUACCUCGAGUACUACCAGAAGGCAUACCAAGUAGCCGUGCGGGACCCUCACCAGCCGCUGCUCCUGUCAAAGCCCCGGAAGCGUGACCUGCGCCGCGGACAGAAGGGCAACAUCUACCUCAUCCCCGAGCUGUGUGUGCCCACGGGGGUGUCGCAGUCCAUGAAGGCUGACCCCAGACUCAUGCAGGACCUGGCCGCCUCCACACGCCUCGGCCCAGACCAGAGGGUGAAGGUGCUGGAGAAGUUCAAUGAUGCGCUGUUUACGAAUGAGAAGGUAAAGACCGAACUGGACCAAUGGGGGCUGACCUUCUCCCGCGAGCUGUCACAGGUGCGAGGGAGAGUGUUGCCCGGCGAGGUGCUGACGCAGGCCCAUCGCUCCUUCACCUACACGGGCAGCGACGGGGACUGGGCCAGGGAGGUCAAAGACGUCCCCCUCAGCGUGUGUCGCGAGGUGGGCCGUUGGGUGUUGGUGUUCCCUGCGCGGCUACGACAGGAGGCAGAGGAGCUGGUGGUGGCCCUGCGGAAGGUGACACCCACGCUUGGGAUGACCAUGCCACCGCCGACCAUGGAGUCAUUGCUACAGGGGGACGGGCCACAGGACUAUCUCAAGGCCCUGGGGAAGCACAUGGGGGUGGGCCUGGUGGUGUGCGUCAUCCCCAACACGAGGCUGGACCGCUAUGUGGCCGUUAAGAGGCAUGUGUGUAUGGUGAUGGCGGCGCCCUCACAGAUGGUGCUGGCCAAGAGUCUCCAGCACAAGGGCCGUCUGCUGUCCAUUGUGACGCGUGUGGCCAUCCAGAUCAACUGUAAGCUGGGCGGGGAGGCGUGGACCGUCCAGAUGCCUCUCAGGAACACAAUGGUGGUGGGAUAUGACGCCUACCACGAGGGGGGGCGGCGGGGCGGGGCGUCGUGGGGGGCUGUGGUGGCGUCCUACAACCAGAGCCUGACGCAAUACUACGGUCAAGUGACCCGACACGCAUCUCACCAGGAGCUCGCCAACAACUUCAGUGCGGCUGUUACCAACGCACUGGCCCACUACGCACGGGUGAACGGGUGCCUCCCAGAGCGGGUGUUGGUGUACCGAGAUGGUGUGGGGGACGGACAGCUCGCCUACGUUAAGGAUACGGAAGUUGCUGCCAUCAGGAACUGCUUUGCGGCCUUCAACUUCCACCCCGGCUUCAGCUUCAUCGUGGUCAGCAAAAGGAUACACUCCCGCCUUUUUGCCGAGGGCGCCUCCAGUGGCCGCCCCGUCAACCCUCCCCCCGGCACUGUGUGUGAUGAUGUUAUUACCCUGCCUGAGAGGUAUGACUUCUUCCUGGUGAGUCAGCGUGUAACAGAGGGAACAGUCACCCCCACCUCGUACAAUAUCCUGGUGGACCAAAACACAAAUCUCGACCCAGACCGCCACCAGCGCCUCGCCUACAAGCUCUCCUUCCUCUACUAUAACUGGAUGGGCCCAGUGAGAGUGCCAGCCCCCUGCCUGUAUGCUCACAAGCUUGCCUCCAUCACAGGCCAAGCAAUCCAUGACUCCCCCCCGCCCAGCCUGGCCGACAAGCUGUGGUAUCUUUAAAGGAGGAACAAAAGAAGAUCGUGGAACACACUUGCCAAGGGCUUAUGCAUCAAGGCCAUAGAUAAAGUGGACAGUAUCUAACACUGAGAAUGCCCACUGCAGAGGGGAAUGGAGCAACACUAAAUAUGCAUCCACUAUUAACUUGGCAAAAUACAUAAUCAAUUAUAUAUGUAGAAUCCAGACUUUUUUAAGCAUAACAAUGAUAAACCCUCAAAAUCUCCCCCAUGUUAUCAGCUAUUUUAGAAGUAAACACUAGAAAAGGGAAACAUGUCAGACAACCUUCUUUAACUUAAGAUAUAUUGUAAAAUAAACAAUAUGGCUCUUCCGUAUCACCACUCUAGACUAGUACAGCGUCGAGAUCGGAACAAUAUAUGCAGCAGCGGGACGAGAUCACCUGUGCGGCCCCUCAUCCAGCGCUGCGACUAGCCAAUGGACUCAAGAGGAAAGGCAACACAACCUUGAUUGGGCCAGACAACAUAGCUGCUUCUGCUCCCACAAACUAAUGCCCCAACUGAGGCUCAGACACCAUUACAUCAGGAGUCACGGCCCCAGGCACUGCACCACCCGGCCCUCCUCCCACCAUGCAUGGACUGGUGGUGAGGCACAGGCCGACUAAUACAUACUGACACAAGUAAAGUCACUACAUUCUUCAGAACAUUUUUGUUUGGCACUCAAACUUACUGAUACUGUUUACAUAUAAGAUCUUGAUAAUGUGGAAAAGGAGAACAAUUGGACCCUCAUUAUGCCAGACAUCCAGCUUACAUCAAGGGAUAGAAGCAUAGGUAAGCUUGUCUUUGCAUAUUAAUGUUACAAAGAGAUAAGAGUGACUAUAAGCCUUGUAUACAGUUGUCUGCUGAUAAAGAAGAUUUGCUGUUGUAGUAAAUCUGAAUCAAACAAUCAUCACAUGCAGCCUCUUACUCCCUAUGGAGGCAAGAAAUACAUUUGCACAUUCACCUUUUCUGUUGUGCAAACACACUUAAGAAUAGUCAUGAUGAAACAAGUUAAAAGCUCUAUGUCCCACAUCUUUUCCUACGUACUAAAACAUCACAAUCACAGAACUAAUACCAGACACUUGCCGAGGCUGUAGCAAGUCUUGAAAUGAGUAAGUAGAAAAUGUAACUGUAGGAAAGAAAACACACACUCAUUAGAGUAAAAGAAAUGCCUCUGAAAGGUAUAAGGGUUUAAUGAAGAAAAUUAUUGGUAAAAAGAUAAUAGAACUAAGUAAGUGAUGCAAAUUAUAUGAAAUAAGCAAGCAAGAUUAUAGAAAGAGAUGCAAAUAUUUUACAAAAUCAGGCAAUCUAAAAUCAUGAUAAAAUCAAUAACACUAUAAAUAAGUCACAACCACCAACGUACUUACUACGUUAUUUAUGCUAUAGUGAUGUGUGUUAUAGAGGUUAGUGCUGUGCUGUGCAUGCAUAGCUAUUGGGCUUCUAAGAGUCUGUGAGUAUAAGAACUGAGUAAAAUGACUAGUGAGUA